CUCAAAUCAUAUUGGCUUAUGACACCCUUAUGUCCCCUUUCUCCUUCUCCUUCUUCUUCUUGUUUCAUGAGGAAGGAUCACAACAAAGACUCUAUCUUUACCUUCUUUGUAUCUGUUGUUCUAAUGACAAAGGCUACACAAAAGCCAACAACAAGAUCAACCCCAUCAACAUCAACACCCUCUCAUCCUUCUUCUGCAUAUUAUUACAUGGUUUCCAAGUUAAUGGUCCCUUUCAUAAUAGUACAGUUACUUAUUCUGUCCUUGUUGGUUGUUCAAGUCUCUUCUUGUAACCAAAUUGAGAAAGACUCUCUUUUAGCCUUCUCUAGUAACAUAUCCACUUCUUUGCCUUACCCUUCUCUCAAUUGGUCUACUUCUGCUGAUUGCUGCCUGUGGGAAGGUAUCACUUGUGAUGGGGAUCUUCAAGUCACUCAUCUUUUGCUACCAUCUAGAGGUCUCACUGGCUUCAUCUCUUCAUCUCUCAUAGGCCUCACUUCUCUCUCUCACCUUAAUCUAUCUCAUAAUCGGUUAUCUGGUAAUCUCCAACACCAGUUUUUCUCAUUGCUUAAUCACUUGCUGGUUCUUGAUUUAAGCUACAACCGUCUCUCUGGUGAAUUGCCGCCCUUUGUUGCUGAUAACAGUAGCAGCAAUAGUAGUGUUAGUGUUAUUCAGAAGCUGGAUUUGUCUAGUAAUUCGUUCAAUGGAGCACUCCCUUCUUCUCUACUUCAGAAACUUGCUGGUGCAGCAGCAGGAGGGAGUUUGAUAUCUUUCAAUGUUAGUAAUAACAGCUUCACAGGUCAAAUUCCCACUUCUCUCUUUUGCAUUAACGACCAUAACUCCUCUUCUCUCAGAUUCUUGGAUUAUUCAUCCAAUGGUUUUGAUGGUACCAUUCAGCCUGGUCUAGGAGCAUGUUCCAAGCUGGAGAUAUUCCGAGCAGGUUUCAAUUUUCUAACCGGGACUAUCCCAAGUGAUAUUUUUGAGGCUGUUUCUCUCACAGAAAUCUCAUUGCCACUCAAUAAACUCAGUGGAACAAUUGGUGAUGGCAUUGUUAACCUUGCCAACCUCACAGUUUUGGAGCUCUACUCCAAUUAUCUCACGGGUCCAAUUCACUCUGAUAUUGGUAAACUCUCCAAAUUGGAACAGCUACUUCUUCAUGUCAACAAUUUGACUGGUACCCUGCCCCCAUCUCUGAUGAACUGUGUCAAUCUUGUUGUGUUGAAUUUAAGGGUCAACAAAUUGGAGGGAAAUCUCUCAGUAUUCAAUUUCUCAGGUUUCCUCAGACUUGCUACACUAGACCUUGGCAACAAUAAUUUUACUGGUGUUUUACCACCAACCCUUUAUGCAUGCAAGUCACUUGCAGCAGUAAGGCUAGCAUUUAAUCAACUUGAGGGGCAGAUUUCACCUGAGAUACUUGGACUUGAGUCCCUUUCUUUCCUAGCAGUUUCUAGUAACAACCUGAGGAAUGUCACUGGGGCUCUGAGAAUACUCACAGGACUCAAGAAGCUAAGUACCCUUAUGCUCUCCAAGAAUUUUUACAAUGAAAUGAUACCAAGUGAUGUAAACUUAAUAGGCCCGGAUGAAUUCCAAAAUCUCCAGGUUCUAAGCUUGGGUGGUUGUAAUCUCACAGGUCAAAUACCAGACUGGCUUGUAAAUCUGAAGAAGCUUGAGGCCUUGGACCUGUCCUAUAAUCAAAUUAGUGGUUCAAUUCCUCCUUUGUUGGGUACACUUCCUCAGCUUUUCUACAUAGACCUGUCUUUUAACCUCCUUACAGGAAUUUUCCCAACGGAGUUCACAAGACUCCCAACACUAACAUCUCAACAAGCAUAUAAUAAUGAACAAAGGACUUACUUGGAGUUACCUGUCUUUGCUAAUGCCAACAAUGUUUCCCAGAUGCAAUAUAAUCAGCUUUCCAGCCUACCACCAGCAAUAUAUCUGGGAAGCAAUCACCUUAAUGGCAGUAUCCCAAUUGAGAUUGGUCAACUAAAAGUCCUUCAUCAGCUGGACCUGAAAAGCAACAACUUCUCUGGCAAUAUACCAGUUGAAAUCUCAAACUUGACUAACUUAGAGAAACUAGACCUCUCAAGAAACCAUCUAUCUGGUGAUAUCCCUGACUCACUCAAAAGAUUACACUUCUUGUCUUUUUUCAGUGUAGCGUACAAUAAUUUUCAAGGACAGAUACCAAGUGGUGGUCAGUUUGAUACUUUCUCCUCCUCCAGCUUCGAAGGAAAUCCACAAUUGUGUGGUUCAAUUAUUCAGCACCCUUGUUCUUCUCAACAAAAUACUAAUAGUACUGCAGCUAGUCACAGACCAAACAGAAAAGCAAUGACUGGACUUAUCAUUGCAGCCUGCUUUGGCAUCUCUUCCAUGAUGACAGUGUUGGUAAUAUGGUUACUCUCCAAGAGGAAGGUCAAUCCAGGAGGAGUGCCAGAAAAAAUUGAACUGGAAUCAAUUUCUGCCUACUCCAACAGUGGGGUUCAUCCUGAGGUUGACAAGGAGGCUAGUGUAGUGGUAUUGUUCCCCAACAAAACCAUUGAAACCAAGGAUCUUACCAUAUUUGAGAUCUUAAAAGCCACUGAAAAUUUCAGCCAGGCAAACAUAAUAGGAUGUGGGGGUUUUGGUUUGGUUUAUAAAGCAACAUUACCAAAUGGAACUACACUAGCCAUCAAGAAACUUUCAGGAGAUUUGGGUCUUAUGGAAAGGGAAUUUAAAGCAGAAGUAGAGGCUUUGUCAACAGCACAACAUGAGAAUCUGGUGGCAUUACAAGGCUAUUGUGUGCAUAAUGGCUUUAGGCUUCUCAUGUAUACUUACAUGGAGAAUGGAAGUUUGGAUUACUGGUUGCAUGAAAAGGCUGAUGGUGCAUCUCAACUUGAUUGGCCAACUCGUUUGAAGAUAGCACAAGGUGCAAGUGGUGGUUUGGCUUACUUACAUCAGAUAUGUGAACCACACAUUGUGCAUCGUGAUAUAAAGUCAAGCAAUAUACUCCUUGAUGAAAAGUUUGAGGCACAUGUUGCUGAUUUUGGGUUGUCCCGGUUGAUUCUUCCAUAUCAUACUCAUGUUACAACUGAACUUGUAGGUACAUUAGGUUAUAUUCCACCAGAGUAUGGACAAGCAUGGGUGGCUACUCUGAGAGGAGAUGUGUACAGCUUUGGAGUUGUCAUGCUUGAGCUUCUCACUGGGAGGAGGCCUAUUGAUGUAUGCAAGCCAAAAAUGUCAAGAGAGUUGGUUGCUUGGAUUCAUCAGAUGAGGAGUGAAGGAAAACAAGAUCAAGUUUUUGACCCUCUUCUGAGAGGGAAGGGCUUUGAAGGAGAGAUGCUUCAGGUACUUGAUGUGGCCUGCAUGUGUGUUAGCCACAAUCCUUUCAAGAGACCAACCAUCAGAGAAGUUGUUGAAUGGCUGAAGAAUGUAGGAUCAGCCAACCAGCACAGAAAUAAUGACUAGAGAGGAAUGUUUGUCCUUCAACAAAUCUUGACAGUAGAUAUGUAUACUUGUGCAAAAAAUUUUGCUUUUCUAUAAAUACAGGAUUGUCAUUUUUACCACUGUAAAUGUUGAUUCCCCCUGUCAGAAUAAUAUUUCUAGAAAGAUUUUGUGAAUUAUAUUAUGUGAUCAUC